AUGAAUACCAUUACCGACAGCUCAACCCCAACGGCCAGGACCAUACUGUUUGCGGGGGAGAUUUUGGUAUGCACAUCAAUGGUUGCUGGAAUAACCAUACUCUUAUACUUUUUAGUAGCACGAAGUCCACGCGCUAUUCAUUUGGCGACGGCCAACGUCUCCUCAUUCGCCAUGUACGUGGCGCCCUAUGCAAUGAAUUUUACGGCAUGCUGGUAUCUGCUGUUAUUGUUCGAAAGGCUGAUCCUGUCCAGCAACGUUGUAGUCUUAACGACCCAGUACUACUUAUCGUCCAAAAUAAUCUUGAACGUCGCCGCGUUCGUCGUCAAGCAACAUCUGUUUUGGACAAGGUCCAACUGCUUCUACAAAGCAAUGUUGUUCAUCGGCCACUUGGUUCUGGUAGCCGCGUCAGAAGCCAUGUGCUACGAAAAAUACGAAAAGACGACGAUACAAGUCUCUAUGUUACUGUUGCUCUGCCUGACCACACUCAUAUUGAUGGCACCGUCAAAUACGUAUCAAAGGCUGGUGUAUACCGACUUACUCACUUGGAAACGGUUUUCACUGGUGUAUGGACUGGUAACAAGCGCGUGCCACAAUUGGCUUAAUUCUGGCAGCAGAGGCACUGUCGAUACGUUGCUGCUGGUGCUGGUAGUGCAUGUGCAGCUGGUGUUUCUGUGCGUCACGUACUUUUCAGAUGGCCAGCAAAUAUUGCGCAACAUUGUUGGUCUCGGCACAUACAACCCAAUGGCCGAUUCUCUGGAUAUAUAUUUCACGAUGGACUCGAUAGUGUCGAGAACGGGCGCGUACAUCGAACACCGCCGUUAA